UACUACACUAUUUUUCCACGAUCCUGUUAUCACAACAAAUCACUCGGUUGGCACUGAACCAGCUCAGAUUUUAACUCCGAGGAACUCCCUCCAGACACGCUUGUUUGUUACGUUGGCCAUCAUAACAAUGCACAAGUGAGGCUUUCAAAACUACCUUCUUCGACUCCAACUUACCAGGAAAAAAGGCGAUAAAUGAACCGAGGUCACCCAGAGUGAUGUCUCACUGGUUAAAUGAUGGUGAGGUGCUGGUGGCUCAGGGCAGUGGAGAGGCAGUACCAGUAAGCCCCAGAACACGGGGCCUUCCACCUGGAAGCCCUUUAUUAGGCCGGGGACGCAGUCCACUAUCUUCACCCAGCACCAGAGAGGCGGUACCAGGAAGUCCACAGGCUGAGACCAUGGGCAAGGCUAAGGAGCUGUUUGUACUGUGUGACAAAGAGGGGAAAGGGUUCAUCACAAAGAGGGACAUGCAGAGGCUACAAGGGGAGCUGCCGCUGUCACCUGAACAGCUGGAGACAGUGUUUGAGAGUUUGGACCGACAGAGCAAUGGCUUCCUCACUCCUGUGGAGUUCAACACAGGACUUGGAGAGUUGGUGGGACUGGAUGACACGACUGAGCUGGACCAAGAAGUAGAAGAAUUAAAUACAGACCAGGUGGACUGGUCCAAGGACCCCGCUGCAGUUAGAUUUGUAAACAUACUGAUGGAGCUCGGUGCUGAGAGACUCCUCAGAGAUCAGCAGGACCUUUGUACUCUGUGGUGUGACCUCCAAAGAGACAGACCUGAGCUGCUGAGUGUCCUGGAAGACAUCCUGAUCCGUGCUGUGUCUCAUUUGCAGGACUCCAUCCAAGAGAGAGACAAUCUUGAACAAGCUCUACGCAGGCGGGAAAAUGAGCAUGACCAGGUUGUUCGUUCCAUAUAUGAAGAAAUGGAAUCCCAAAUCCGAGAGGAGCGAGAGAAACAGUUAGCCCAGGACAGUGUUCGACGCAAGCAGAGGGGUCAACAACUUGAAGAGGAGCUGAGGGUGAAAGAGCAUGAGCUGGAGAACACACUAAUGAAACAAAAAGAGCUGGAGACCAGAAUCCGACAACUGAGCUGUGAACAGGAAAACAUUAAGCAGCAGAAUCAGCAGCUGCGGAGCCUCAACAUCCAGCUUCAGGAGCAGGUGGAGAGCAGCAGAGAGCAGCUGCAGAACGCUCUGGGUCAGCUCAGCCUGCUGCAGCUCAGUGAGGCGCAGGAACAAGUGGACAGAGAGAGAAGUGUGAUGAAGGUGUCCAAGAACAUGCAGAAGGAGAAAGACAGUCUCUUAAGACAACUGGAGCUGUUAAGGGAUAUGAACAAAAGGCUGCGAGAUGAAAAGGAUGCUCAGCACACUCAGAAGAGGAGUCCAAACAUAAGAAAGCCUUUACAGAAGAAAGGGUCAGUGAUAGGUAACUACUUACUGCAAGACAAGCCGUUGAAAAGACAGCUGAGUUCGUCUGAUGAGUUGGAGCAGGACAAAGACAAAGAGGUGACAGUUGCAUCCAAGAGACACCAACCAUCAUGUAGAGUCAGGGCUGAAAAUGUUGAACAAGUGCAAACUCAGAGUAACAUUAUCACUCUUCAGCGAGUGUUCAAGCUGGUAUUCCUGGGUAACUCAGGGGUGGGUAAGACCUCAUUCAUCCAGCACUACUGCACAGGAAACCUCCAGAAUGAAAUGAGAGCUACUGUGGGUAUAGAUUUCCAGAUGAAGACAUUGACUCUGGAGUCCACCACCAUCACUCUGCAGCUCUGGGACACUGCAGGACAAGAAAGGUUUCGCAGCAUCACUGAGCAGUACUACAGAAAGGCUGACAGUAUCAUCGCCAUGUAUGACAUCACCCAGCCUGAUUCUUUCAGCGCAGUCAGAGGAUGGAUAGAAUCUGUGAAGGAGAAGAUGUGCAAUGGUGCUGUGCUGAUGCUGCUGGCCAACAAGCUGGAUCUAGCAGAAACUAGAAGAGUAUCAACCUUGGAGGGACAGAAACUAGCAGAGCAGCAUCAAGCUUUGUUUUACGAGUGUAGCGCCAAAACUGGAUGGAACAUGGAGGAGCUUAUGACUUCUCUGGCUGGGAUGUUAGUUUCCCAGCAUGAUCGACAAUUUGACGAUGCUGUAACACUGACAGAGGACACUGGUCAAAGAAGCUGCUGUGCUUAACUGAAGAGGAAAAUAAAACUUUCAGGUGUCGGCAUUAUGGUUCAUUGUUUCUGUAUCUGUUCUUGUUGGGGCAGUGGUACAGAUUUUUAGUCAAAGUUGGACACACUAAGAAAAGAUUUCUACCUAAAACCCCAGGUCAUUUCUAUUUUUUUCAGAAUGCAAAAGUGCGAUUUUUCUGUGAACAAAUGUUACUGUGCAGUAUCUGUAAUUUACUUAUUUUGUUAUGUAUCUUUAUAGUCCAAUAAAAUCUAUAUUUUAAGACCC